CAAAUUGACUGAUUGUAUUCGGAAAAUGUAUAAAAACAUACACUCUAGUAAUGUAACAUCAAACAACGCCGAGAACCAUGAAGCUUUUUGCAUUGCUAUGUGUAUUUUUAAUUGUUAGAUUUGAUUUGGUCUCGGCAGUGUGUUCUAAAGGAGUUUAUGAGACUGGUGUCAGUGACUCCGAAAAAAACUACAUUGUCAACAAACACAAUGAGCUUAGGUUGUUGAUAGCGAGAAAUCAAUUGCCUGGACAACCUAGGGGAAUCAAUUUGAAGCGCAUGUACUGGGACAACAAUAUAGCUAUCGCCGCGCAGAACAUUGCAAACACCUGCGUAUUCGAACACGUUCCUGUACACGAUUCUAGGUGGGCAGUAGGUCAGAACCUUUACGCAUCAUUCGAUUCAAACUACGUGAAAGGUGCUAACUGGACCGCCGCGAUUUUGGGCUGGUGGAACGAGCAUUCUUCUUAUAAGUAUCCAGGCGGAUUUUCAGAAAAAACUGGACACUACACUCAGUUGGUUUGGGAUGACACCAUGUACGUCGGAUGUGGUUACACCCAUUUUCCUAUAGAUGGACAGUACCAAUAUGAGAAGAUUUAUGCCUGCAACUACGGUCCGGCGGGAAAUUAUCCCAGAGCGCCAUAUAAAACUGGAACUUCCGGAUGCGAGAACCUGUGUUGAGCCUUGAGACUUCCAUAACAAUGAUGUUGACUAUAAUAUAUUUUUUUUUGUGUUAGAUUGUCCUAGAUUUGUUAAUCAAUUAAAUUAUUUGAAAAAGAAAACAACAAAUGUAUAUAUAUAUAUAUAUAUAUA